UCUCGCAAUUUAAGAUCGAAACCUCAGAAGCAAGCUCAUCGCUGGUAAAUCUAAGGCAUCAUCAAAUGAGUUCAGUGGGUUCGAAUGCCCAACUCCAACCCUCUCAGAGGAGUUCAGUGGGUUCGAAUGCCCCAAAUCAAGGUCGUGAACUCCAAUCCUCUCAGAAGAAUUCAGUGGGUUCGAAUGCCCCAAAUCGAGAUUGUGAGCUCCAACCCUCUCAGAGGAGUUCAGCUGGUUCGAAUACCCCAAAUCGAGGUAGGAAACUGCAACUGCGUCGGAGGUCAGUGCUAAAAACCGUACGUGGUUUCCUCAAGUUUAAGAGAGGGAUUGCAAAAAAACCUAGGAGGAAUAGGUCUAAAAAGUUGAGAACUGAGAUGGAAGAGAUUAGUAAAGAACACGAAGUUAUCAAGGAAUGUUACAGGCAAGUUCGAGAAAGAUUUGAAGAAGUGGAAGAAGAACAGCAGCUAAGCAGAGAAGAUAAGCAAAAAACCCAAGUGUCUGCUGACAUUCAAACCCGGUUGCUGCUCAUGUUCAGGAUCAUGAAGGCACGAGAAGAAGGCAAUUCUGCUCUUGCUCUUAGCUUAACUCAAUUGCUUCGUGAAAUAAUGUCUUGGAAAUAAUCCGAAGCAUGGAAGUUGCCUUUAUAAUCAAGUUGAUGCUUUGCUUACGAUAUUUACCGCAAACGAAGAUGUGUAAUGACUGGGGAAUGUGUAUUUAUAUUUGAUUUUGCUCAGCUAAGCUAUGUUUGUAUCAAUAAAUUUGAACAUCCAUUAUCAUUAGAUCCUUGA